GUCUAAGCAUUGGCGGGGAGACAACACUGACUGGGCGGUGGCCUCCCGACGACCAUCCCAGACGUUGCCUCCUCAGCGCUCGGCCUCAGCACCCUCGCCAUCCCGCAAGCAUUCCGCCUCCAACCCUCCCCGUCAUGGCCGACGCGGAAGACCGCGUGGCGGCGAGCAACUUUGUCGUCGGCUCCAACUACCAGAUCCUCGAUGUGAUCGGUGAAGCGCAUAACCCCUUCGAUCACUCCAUGUUCUGCCUCCGCACCCUCCGCGAGAUCAAGCUCCUUCGGCACUUUCAUCACGAGAACAUCAUCUCCAUCCUGGAUAUCCUCCGCCCGCCAAGCCUGGAGGAGUUCAAAGAAGUCUAUCUCGUACAGGAACUCAUGGAGACGGAUCUCCAUCGUGUCAUCCGCACCCAAGAGCUCAGCGACGAUCACUGCCAGUACUUCAUUUACCAGACGCUCCGAGCAUUGAAGGCAUUGCACUCGGCUGAUGUGCUCCAUCGAGAUCUCAAGCCAUCCAAUCUACUUCUAAACGCCAAUUGCGACCUCAAGCUUUGUGACUUUGGACUUGCACGUUCCGCACGCCCGCCUCCUAACUUUGCGAACGACAGCAGUACAUUCAUGACUGAAUACGUCGCGACGCGGUGGUACCGUGCGCCAGAGGUCAUGCUCACCUUCAAGGAAUAUACACGAGCGAUCGACAUCUGGAGCGUCGGCUGUGUCCUCGCAGAAAUGCUUAGCGGCAAGCCUCUCUUUCCCGGCAGAGACUAUCACCACCAGCUUUCUAUCAUUCUGGAUGUCCUCGGGACACCCUCUCUUGACGAUUUCUACGCCAUCACGUCUCCGCGGUCAAGAGAGUACAUUCGUGCCCUACCAUUCCGGAAGAAGAAGCCAUUUAGUAUGCUCUUCCCGACUGCGAAUCCAUUGGCUCUGGAUCUCAUGGACAAAUGUCUUACAUUCAGUCCGAAACGUAGGAUCGAAGUCGAUGAAGCUUUGAAGCACCCAUAUCUAGAGGCUUACCACGACCCGCAAGACGAGCCGACGGCAGAGCCACUUGACCCCUCGUUCUUUGACUUUGACUAUGGCGAAGCUCUCGGCAAGGAGGAGCUGAAAGUGCUGAUCUACGACGAGGUUACGCGGCCACACCCGCGGUAACCCCUGCUGAUUGCUUUAGUGUGAGUGUAAGAUGUGCGUUGAGCAGCCAAUACCCCGCGGCAGGCCGAAAAGUACCCUGGCCAUUAAUGUGUACAUGUAUGUAUCUAUGACGGGGCGAUCUAAUGGAUCUAUGUCGCUCGCAUGUUCUGUCCAGUUGUACAGUGUACUUAUGCAUCCGUGACCGUCUGACUGGAGCAUGCCGCCAUGGCCAGUUGGUGUGAGGCGCGAUCGUGUGGCGUGCGAUCGUACAUACGUCCUCGAUGACGUCGAACGUGUCGCCGACGUUGAGCGACGUUAUGUUUAGAGACACAUACUUAAGCUGCC